GGUGGCGGCGGCCACCGAGGAAGCACCGUCGUCGGCGCGUCGCAUGCUGCUGCUUCCGUCGCUGGGCAUCGCGGCCGUGGUGCUGGGCUCUGCGCUCCUCCUCUCCAUCGUGUUCGCGCUCAUCAGCACGCGCACCGAGCCGUGCCGCUCGUACGCCUGCGGACUGUUCGCCCGGAGGCUGCAGGAGUCCAUGAACAGGUCCUUCAACCCGUGCUACAGCUUCACCCGCUUCGUCUGCGACGGCUGGCAGCAGCAACACGCGCACUCUGUGCGCACCGAGAUCUUCAUGUCGGCGCUCGAGCGGCUCUCUCGACUCACGCGCAACGCCGUAGCCGCCGCCGGAACCACGACUGACCAGGGCGGCGGUGGACGCCAGAAGCGGCCGCCGAGGUCGCACGGACCGCGAGCGCGUGGCGGCGCUCUACCGCAGCUGCGACGCCGUGGUGCGAGACGGCAGGAACGAGAUGCCGCACGUCAAGAAGGCCCUGGCUCAGGCCGGCGUCUUCUGGCCCGUCAGGUCCGGGACGCCCGACGUGCUGCGCACCGUGCUCUACCUGUCCGAGGUCCUGCACUGGCCCGCCAUCGUCUCGAUCCGCGCUAACGACGACGACGACUCUGCCGGCGGAGAGCGCGCCAGCGACGUUUGGCGAACGACCGUCAUCGUGCGCGAAGCGCACACCUUUCCCCGGAUGCUCGGCAGGCAGGCCAGACUCCGCACCGUCAACGAGUCGCGCCAGUUCUUCGACGUCCUCCGCGCCCACUUUGCCUCCGAUGACGACGACGACGGGCCCCGGCGCCACGAAGGCGGAGUUACCUUCGAACAGAUGAGGGCCGUGGAGGACAGCAUGCUGCCUCCGCUGCGAAGGGCCUACCGGGGCGUGUCGCACGCCGAGCCGAUGCCGCUCGAGGCCGACGACGAGCGACUCGUCAACCGCACCGAGUGGACCGCGGCCGUGGCGCGACACUGGGCCGUCGCGGGUCACCGCGGCAUCCAAAUCAUGUCUACGAACGCGGCCUUCCUGCGCGCUUUGCUCGAGCUGCGACGCAGGUACGGCGAGCGGGACACGCACCUCUACGUGUCCUGGUGCGCCGUGCGCUACGCCGCGCUGUUUGCCAACAUGGAGCUCGUCCUCAACCACUACGGCGCCGACCGGGGCAAGGCGCUGCUCAACUACGGCCGCGCCUGCUUCGCCAUGACGUACACGUUCGUGGGGGACCUCGUCUUCGCCCUGUACGACUCGGACGUCGUCGUGCGGCCCAACACCAACAUCAACGUACACAGCCUCGUCCGGGACGUGCGCGGGGCCUUUGUACGACGCCUGUCGUCGUCUUCGGGGCCUUUCGCGGCCAACACGUCGUUCGCGAGCCGCUGGCAGGCGGUGGACCCGGCGCUCCGGCUCGUGGACAUGCCCACGGAUGCGUCGUCGGCCGACGAGGUCGCCCUGCCACCGGAGGUGGGCGACUCGCUGGUCACCAACUGGCUGGCACUGUGGUCGAUGACGCGGCGUCCCGGAUACGUGGCCCCGCGGAGGUCGCUGUCGGCUCGUCCUUUCCAGGACUGCAUGUUCUACACGCUCAACGAGACCGAGAGUGACUUCGUGCUGUCGCCGUUCACGCUCGUGCUGCCGUUCUACGACGACGGCAUCACGGCCGCCGUCAAGUACGGAGGGUUGGGCGCGCAGGUGGGCGUUGCCUCGGCUGAGUUGGCCUUCCGCUUCUACCGCCACCUGCCGGACGCCGAGGCAGCGCUGAACGAGUCGCGAUCGUGCCUCAAGUUCUCGUCGACCUCCCCGGCCAGCCCGGCGUCUCCAGACUUGCUUAUGGCCGAGCUGGCUUCCGUGGAGGCCGUGCUGGACGCCUUCGUACGCUCGAGUCGCGGUGAGGACGACCGGUGGCUGGUGACGCCGCAGUUGUCAGCGAUCCAGGUGCUGCUGAUCACGUGGUGCUUCGUCAAGUGCCCGGGUCGGGAGGAGCCCGGCGUCGAGGGAGACCCCUGCAGUGACGUGCUGCGUCACGUGCCGCGCUUCUCUCAGGCCUUCGACUGCUCGCCAGAGACUGUGCUCAACCCGACCCACAAGUGCAGCGUCUUCUGAACGCCUAUACAGACGCGAAGUGAUAGACAUUUAGCGAAUUUGGAUGUUGCGCUAUGCAA